CAUGUGCUUUACGGCAUUUUCGGUCGUCUCUCUUGUUGUUGCCAUUGUAUCCAUCCAACUACUACGAUUAGGCCUAGUCAAUCAGACUACGGACGGUAACGUCUAUGCGAAACCAACUAAGGACGCCCUCAUCAUAGUGGCCUUAGGCCUAGCUGGCUCCGAAAGUCUGAUUUGUUUAAUAACUGCAUUCGUCAGUUGCCGAUUGGCUAGGGCAGCGAAGAAAGAAAUUUAUAGAAGACGAGAAGGAACAUUCCAUGUUCAGGUAGUAGGCGAUAAGGAUAUAGUUGUUGUUAAUAAGAAGGAGAAGAAAAAGAUUGCCCUGCUAGGCACAAGUAGUGGGGGUCAAAACGGUGUUGAAAACCUCGAAAACGGAAUCAAAUUGUUCAAAGAUCUAUUCAAGCGGAAAAAAUCGAAACGAAACGGAAAGGUUGCUGAUAGAGCCGAUAUCGAAAUCCGGGUAUUAGACGAAGAGGGUCACGCAAUCAAGACUGAAGGUCCCGAAGGAAGUGAGAAUUAUCAAUUUCCUUUAUUGGUUAUACCUAAGGAAGAUGUUCAGCGCCCUCACUAUUUGGAUUAUGAUGAAGAUCUGACGUUAGAAGAGGAAAUCACGUCGAACCUAUUUCGCGUCAAAUCUACUCGCGGAUGUUCACUAUCGCUAGAAAAUAACAACGCUUCAAAACCGAUCGAAACGUCUUCGUUACAGGAUUACAAUCAUAUAGUUGAGACGAUGAAGGCGGUUAUUCAGGGCGAAAUGGAAAAACAAGAAAAUAGAGUCGAUCGGAUUAAACAAGAGGAAUUAUCGCCUACUAACGUAACUACUAUAGCCGAAAUUCAUCGAACGUAUGAUACGGCUAAAUCAUCCGCUCCGCCAUCGCCUACUCUAUCUUUAGACGCCACCCUGAAAAAAGCCAGCUGUUGCGAAAGAAAAUUAUGCAACAGGGUAAAAUACAAAAUCCGUAUAAGCAAGAUUAAAGGGUGGGAUAAUGAAAGAAAAAAAUCGAAGCAGACGAGACCAUCUUCCUGCAGAAGACGGUACUCAAAAAGAAUUAUCCAACAAACGUCAGAUGAUGACAAACAGACCGUUCACUUUUCUAAUUCUUUAAAAGUCAGUCAAGUAUGA